AUGGUAGGAGAGGAGAAGGCCGAGGACCCCACAGGCCAGGAGCUGGAGGGAUCGUUGGUGUGGAUCGCGAUCUCGUGUGAUCCAACAGGCCGCUGGCUGUGGGGUGACCAAGGACACUACUGCCCCCCUGGCUUUGCCCUGGAGCCCAGGAAGCUGAGACCUGAUGCCAGUCACAAGGAGAAUGUGCCCCCCAGGCCUGCGACCCCCCUGAGGCCAGGCAAGAGGCGUAGUGGGUCUGGGUUGGAGGUGGCAGGAGCCGGCCGGGGCCGGUGGGCGCCCAGGGGCCAGGCUGAGAGGGGAGGGCCUGCCACCGCACCCUCCCUGGGUGCGGUGCUUCGCCGGGAGCCCUGCCGAGUCCAGAGCAACCUGGCCAGUCCCAGCCCCCGCCUGGGCCUUGCCCUAAAGGCCACGACUGGUCCUAACCGGCUCAUCAACUCACGCUUCCAGCAGCAGAGCAACUUGCAGCCCCUGCGCAGCCUCCCCCAGAGGGGAGUACGAGCCUCGGCCAUCCAGCAGAGUAACCUGGGCCUCGGGGAGGCCAGCCUGGCCAAGUGUGAAAUUCGCAGCAGCCCCCACCUUUGGUCGGAGCCUCCAGAAAGCUUCUGGCCUCAUGUGAUGCCCCUGAGAAGUCCCCUACCCCAAGGGCCACAGGCUCGCCCAUCCUCCACCCGGAAGCAGUCCCGGCUGCUGCCCACAGACACCCCACGCCUGGACUUCAGCCCCACCGUGCGCUAUGCCUCUGUUGAUGGGCACACACAGCCGGGCCCCAGCUCCUGGGGUGGCCUGGGGAGCUGGGCCUCCGGGCUCAUGGGGGAACCCCUCACCCUGGAGGACCUGGCUGUCCCUGCCAAGAGCCAGGCUCGGGCCCCAUCCCAGGCUGCCAUGUCCCAGCUGCUGGCCUUCCUGCAAUGCCUGGAGCACAAGGUGGCCCACCUCAGGUGCCGGGGGACCCAGGAACCCCCAGUCCCUUCACAGCAAGAGCCCUGCACCAGUGAUGGCCAGGGCCUCCCUGCUGGCCCCCAGCCCUGCCAGCCUGUUCUUGCUUCCUGGGAGAAGAGGAAGAAGCACCCCCGCGGUCUCAGGGGAGCUGUGAAUUUCCCAGGGACCCCCGGGGCCCAGCGUGGUCCCUCAGACUCUCAGGCAGGCAGCAAGCCCGAAUCGCCCCCACCAGAGACCCCUGCGGAGGUGCUCUCUAGGGAUUUCCUCGGCUCCGAGCAGGGCGCCCUUCCUGCCUGUGCCCUGAGGCAGCUGCUGAGCAGGGGCCUGCAGGUGCUGUGCUGGGCACGGUGGCUCCGGGUGGCCCAGCUGGAGGCGGUCUGGAGUCAACACACAAGGGCCGGGCUGGCCUGGAGCUUCCAGAAGGGGAGAAGGCUGACUCGGCAGCAGAGACAAGGGUUUGAGCAGCCCUACCUCCAGGCCGGGCCAGCACCCCCACCCUCUGGGGGGAGCCCCUCGGGAAGGAAGCCAGGGGUGGGCCCUGCCCAGAGAAGCAGCAAGAGAACGGGCAUGCACACAGCAGCUGCCGGCAAAGAUUUGUACAAACGGAUGUCCAUCACAGCGUCGUGUGUCCUUGCAAAAACUGCGAAAGAGCCUGCGUGCCCCUCCGGGGAGUCUGAAGGAGAAGGCCGGAGCCCGGCCAGUGCCAUCGCCUUCUGGGCAGAGACCAGAUGGAGGAGACAGAUCCUGCAGGCCCUGCAGCAACUGGCUGCCUUCCUCCUGUGGGGCCGUGGGAAGGAAUGGGCCAGGCAGGAGCAGAAGGGGGCCCAGAGAGAGACCUCCGGGGCCGUGCGGAGCACUCUGAGCACGGGAAGGGCCCCCCAGGCCUGGAGCUCUCCCGCUGCAGAUACAGCCUGGGUGGCCCCACUGGACCUCCAGCACCAGAGAGCCUGGCUCCGCAGGUGUUUCGGGGCCUGGCGGCGGGUGGUGAAGAGAGGCGCCUAGGACCCAGAUCACCUGGCUCACCGCCCCACGGGAGCCCUGAGGAUGUGCCUGGAACAGUGGAUGAGGGUGACGUGGCUGCGGGCCUCCGGUGCGAAGGUGACUCAGCUGUCCCUCUGCGGGCAGAAGGCCGGGCAGCAGUGCCUGCAUGAACAGUACCGGAGGUGGGUGUGGGUUCGCGUCCAGGGCCUGUGAAGAGCUGUGUUCUCAGCAGAGACACAGGGGGGCCCGGCCAGAGCAACUCCUACUGCAGAGCCACUUCCAAGCUGGUGCGGAUCUGCAGGGAGCGCUGGGAUGCCCCGGGCCCGGUGUCGGGUCUUCCAGGACGGACCGAGGAGAAGGGCGGUGGGGGCCACAUUCACCCCAUGGUGGGAAGCCAGAGUGGCCGCAGCCUGGACACGGGGGCAGGGCACUGCCUGGACCUCCGCUGCUCGCUGGAGAAGCCACGUGCUGGGUGGCCGGGCAGAGAGGCAGCUGAGGACGACCCGGGCCCAGCAGGCCGUCAUAGCAUGGCGAGUGGCCCUGGGCCAGUGCCUUGAGGCCCGCCAGCAGACAGCAGAGAGAGCUCGGGCCCAGGCUCGGGUGGCCCUGUGCUGGACACUGUGGGUGCCUGAGUCCCACCUACGUCAGCUCAGCCAGGCCCACCCUGCCCAGAAGCUGAAUGCCAGGAUCCUGGAGGAGUGGGCCCAAGGCCAGAGCUCGGCCCGUUUGGAAGGGGUCAUGGUGCCCGACUGGCUCCCAGCAGGCCAGGCGCCUGGCAGCAACAUGGCAGCGUGGGGGGCAGAGGAGCUGGUGCGGUCACAGGCCUUUGAGAAGUGGCACCGGAACCAGGCCACCAGGGGCCUGCGGAGAAGAGCCACCAGCAAGCAGCCUGAAGCCCCCGAGGGAGGUGGGCGUCGGGAGCCCCGGGAGCGGGCUGGCAGCUGCCCGAGCCCCUGCGUGUGGUGGCCUUGA